AUGUCAAACACAUUUCUAUGCAGCACUAUUGAAGAUCUUUCAGUUGAAUUAUGGUGUGAAAUCUUUGAAUUCUUCGAUGCUAAUGAACUUUAUCAUACAUUCGAUAAUAUCAAUUCAAAAAUCACUUCAAUACUCUCGGAAAUUACUCCAUUAUAUUUUAAUAUUAUAACAAUCAGAGAUUAUAAUUUUACUUCUAAUGUUAUUCUACCAAAAGUGACGAAUCGUGCCAAUAUUAAAUCAAUUAAAUUCGAUCGAGAAUUUCAAAUUGAAGAAUUUUUUACUCGAUGGUCAUUUAAUACGUUCAAUCAAUUACAUUGUCUUUCCUUAUUCUAUUUAGGUGAAAUGGGAUGUGAUUGUUCGUAUAUGCUCUUAGAACAACUAUCACAUUUAACAUCACUUGAUUCUUUACAUAUUCGAGUGGGAUGGAUUCCUAAUCAUGAUCGAUCAUUAAGGCGACUUUUUCAGUUAUUAUUUAUUGAAAAUGACGCCUUUCCUACUCUUAAACAAUUGGUUUUUAAAUGUAAUCAAGAUCGUAUUCUUCAUCUUCAAAUACCAACAACAACAACAAUGAAGCAAACAAAUUUAGAAUUGCUUACUCUUCCAUGUCUAAAUUUGACAGAUUUUCUACAAAUGCUAUCAUGUAUACCGUACAUUAGAUCUAUUAAAGUAAAUCGAUUAUAUUCUGAUCUUGAUAGAACAAUAUCAAUACCAAUCUUAUCGUCAAACUUUAUUUUACAACAUUGUGUUUACUUGAACUUAAGUUUUGAUUAUCAUACCAUCUUCGACGAUGUCAAACUUUUAUUAAAAAUAUUUCCUAAAUUAAAUAGAAUAAAACUUUUAUGUGACUAUAUUUUAUCGAAUGGAGAUCAAUGGGAAACAUUAUUAACAGAAUAUUGUUGUCAUUUACGAAAUUUUCAAAUUAAUUUUCAUCUUCAAUAUCACUUUUUUGAUCGACCAGCAUCAACCGAAAUACAGAAUAGUUUUUCAACAAUCUUUUGGUUAAAUCGAAAUGUUGAAAUCAAACAUAAUCAUAAUCAUAAUCAACAAUUAUUAAGUUCCAUCGUUCGAUUUAAAAAAUAUGAAUAA